CUCAUUCCUAAUCUGUCAUUCAAUCUGUAUUGAGCGUGUGUGUGGUGGUGUAUUGUUACUGUUAUUUGUUUUUACAGUUACGAGCAUAAAAAAAAGACUGCAAAUAGAAAUAAAUUAGAAGUUGUCCGUCGAAAUGCACGGGAUGCUGUUGGUCAACGUAACGUCCUUGAUUUGUACCGAGUAAUCUUGAAAAGCUAGAAACCUGUGGUUAGUUGGAGUCGAAAAGUGAAAUUUUUUCCUGGGUGGCAAAGCAAAAAGUUAACAAAAUGAAAAAUGAAUCUCUCGAAGAUGAUGACUCGGACAUAUACACAUUUAUUUGUAAGCUGAGGCAAGAGAAACUGUUUAUCAAAAGUGAAAAGUUGGACAUCCAAGAACUGAACGAGUUGAUUAAAAGCAAAACGCAAACAGUGUUGAAAGCGUCGUGGCUAACUAACAAACAGAGACUCUUGCUAUUUGAAAGAAGGGUGUCCAGCGAAAAUUGUCAAAGAUUUGACUUUAUCAAUUAUUCGGAAUUUGUUGAGGCUAAGCAUAGUCUAGGAUUUCAGAAUGCUGUUAAAAUAUCCAAUUUGCUGCACAUUUUACGUUUGCAACCCAAACAGCUGGCUAACUGGCUUAUUACAGGAGAAUCAAUAUCAGAGGAAAAUAUACAAUAUCCUCUCAUUUUGCAAAGUGUGCUCAAUGGCCUUUACGGAGGCUGCAUUUUUGCAGAUGACACUAAAUUGAUGCUGGCUUUGCUUUUUGAACUUGCCAAAAAGCAAUUGCUAAAAAGUGAUAAUCCAAGAAGGAUUAUCAAGCAAAGAAGUUGUUCAUUCAGACAUUUAUAUUUCUUAUUUCACGAAAUUUAUCAACCAGCCAAAUUUUUCUUGAGUGCCGCAUUAGAAAUGCCCAUAUUAGAACUUUUAUCAUUCUCUGAAUAUUUCUUGGAUAUUGAUCAUGACAAAACAAUAAUGCGCUUCAGGCAAGAUGACAAUCUAAAAAUGUACAAAGACGCAGUAGAAUAUAGGAACGAUGUAGUGGCCAAAUUAGCGCAAUUUACCAAUAAUUUUGUUCAGGCUCUCCUAGAAAACGUUUGUAGCUUUCCCAAAGCAAUGGCCUGGAUUUCUUUUCACAUUUACAAAAUGAUUGAAAAGAAUUUUUGCGCCAAAGAGGCCAAUGCAAUAACAACUGAGCUACUAUUCAACCUCUUCAUAUGUCCUGUAAUUGUAGAUCCGGAACAAUAUGGCAUUUUUAAUUCUACUACUAGCGAAAUAGCUAGACAUAAUUUAAUACAAAUUGGAAAAAUUCUGCAAAUUCUUGCUUUGUAUAAGUUUGAGGGCAUCGAUAAAAAAUAUUUAGAUAUUUUUGAAAAUGUUGAUAAAAACAGUAUGAGUAACUUUAUUGAAUUGCUAUUUUUCGAUAUGGAUUCCAUUGAUCCACCUGUUGAAACUGCACCACAAGUUAUAAGAGAUAUAAUGUUGUUUACCGAAGAUGAAUUGAAUAAUUUGAUAUGUUUUUUGCAAAAAGUCCAAAUGAUGCGAAUAGAAAAUGACAAUUUCGAAAAAAAUCCAUCAUUAAGUGUUUCAAUUGAGGAACACCUCUCCUCCCUUACAAUUUCCUCAAGAGACAAUUCCCCAAAGUCUUCUAGACCUAACGAAAACAUUCAAGAGCCUAGCUGCUCCAAUAAUUUAGUCAAAAAACCUCCAUUCUUCUCAAUGGUUUCACUUGGAGCCCCCAAAACCAGCCAUCAUCGUCGUUCUAAUGAAGAAGAUCAAAAAUCACCAGCCUCUAUUAAAAAUACUGUAAUUAUGUUUCCUAUAGAUGGCGUUAUAGUAGAGCCUGUGGGACUGUUGCCGGAAGACAAAGUAAUAGAUUUGAGCGUUCCAGUUAAAAAUGAUAGUGGGGUAUUCGAGGCUCCCUCUGAGAUAGGUGCUUGCAAGGAUUUAGAUGUGAAUGGGGCACCUCCAAAUGGUGAUAUUAAAUACUCAGGCUAUCCAGAUGAAGGUUCUAUAGGUAAUACCUCAGACAAUCUAGAAGCCAUAUCGGAAGCUGCAAGCAAUCAUUCAGUUGCUAGUAGCUUAGAACUGGAAAAUGAGGAUCAAAAUGAUAAUUUGUCUGAUAUGGUAUCAGCCAAUGUAUCAGGCAGAGGUACACCUAAUAUUAGUGGAAGAGACACUCCUAGUAGCCAGGUAAAUGAAAACGAUGAUCGUCCCAAUACCUAUCAAAACCGGCCAGAAGAUAACGUAGACGCGGGCGUUCAACAACCCCAACAUCCUCAACAACCUCCCAGUAACAUUUCGCGUCAGCGUCGAUCAGAAAUCGAUGACAAAUUUUGCAAGUUUGAGAUUAAAAGAUUGCUGGAAGGUGACGAGAAUGUUUCGAUCAUUUCAGAGACUUGGAGUACUGACGUUUUAGCAUCAGAUAAUGAAACAAUAGCUGAUGGUGAAUCUAGGAUUGAGAGGCAUCAACAUUUGCACUUGUUGGAACAGUCUAUACAGGAAGUACCAAUUGCUGAAAGUGUAUUAGAUAUUUCUGAAACUCAGAGUGAGAGUGCUUGGUCAACAGACGUUAUGGCCUCAGAUACUGAAAGGCUGACAGAAGUAGACAAUGAUGAUGCAGCCAGUGUCGCUCAAUCUGAUGAUACAAAUAGUGUAGCUCCGUCAGAAGAUACAAGAUCAGAAACGGAUGAAGCUGCCAGUGCUAGGAGGUUGAGUUCAUGCUCCAGCACUUAUGGAAAUGCAACCACUUCCCAAAAUUAUGUUGCCAAUGUUGCAGUUACUAAUAUGAGCUAUGCAAAUGUUAGUUUAAGCAGCCCUGGUUUUGUUUCGACUACAAAUUCAGCCUUUGUGUCUAGUGCCAGCAGCGGCAGUGGUACUUACAAAUCUGCCGACGCCAAUUUUGUGUCAAUGAAUCAAACCUAUGUUACUGGAGCUUCAUUUCAUGAAUUCAAAAAGCGUGAUGGCAGGAUUAAUGGCAAAAUUAAUGCAGAAGUUGAUAGCAACGCAAAUAACUUAUUUAAAGCUAUAUCCCAGGGAAUGUCACAGAGCACACAGACUAACGUUUCUUUCAGUAAUGUUACCACUAACGCUAGUGGAGGAUUGUUUAAUGCAAGAAUAAGUUCACAAAAACAAGCCGAUAUAGCAGGGCCAAGUGGGUUGAAUACCAAAAAUAAUCUGCUGGACGUUGAAAAUGAUCAAAAUUUCUUAAAACAAACUUCUAUUAUGAAGAAAUAUGGUGAUAGACCAACAGAAAUUUUACUCAGCAAUUGUAGUCUCAAUUCUAGUUCUUCUGGCAGCUCAAGCAAUAGUUUUGAAAACAAAGUUUCAGCAAAUGAAAAUUCUGAACAAUGGGAACCUAAACCAUGGCUCAAUAGCUCUGGCAGUAGCCUCAAUGUUACCCUAACUCCUUCAGAAAGCACAAGCGAAUUAUCAGUAUUGAGCGUCAAUAAUAUGGCCAAUCACAUGACAACAAGUCUUGUGAAUCCGGCUGGUGGUAUUAAAAAGACUACCACUGCCAUAAAUCGUAGUUUAAAGCCUUCAGCUUCAACUGGGGCGAUUCCUAAAAGUAUAAGUUUCGAUAUGAGCGUAGAUAAAGGAUUAGAUGAUGAUUCUAGGUCCAAACAGGGCGGAUUUUUUGGAAGACUGAGGAAAGGAUUUGGCUACAAAAAGCGGGCUUUUAGAAAUCAGGAUGAGUUGCGUAAUGGAGAUGCCGAUGAAUUUUUGGUGAAACGCGGAAUUGUUGAUUCACCAGUCAGGCUUAAUAACACUGACUCUUCAGAUGAUAUUUUGGCUAAAUAUCGUAAGCCCUUUGCAGAGAGUAGUCCUGUCAAAGAGAAUGGUGCUGUUAAAAAGUUAACCAAAAGUCAUAAUGGAGAUAAUCUCAAUCCUGAAACGAAUUCUUUUUGUGAUAUUAAGAAAAAGUUGCGAUUAGUCUUAGGAAAUACUUCAGAAAUUCCAUUUUACAUUAAGCGUAAUCCAUGCAGUAUCAAAACCAAACUUGAAACUAUUUUACGUUUGGAAUUAGGCAAAGCAAGGAAAUUGCGUGAAUGGAGCUCAACAGCACGUAUUGCUGAAGCAUUGCGCUGUGUGCAAUUGCUAGAUGAACGUCGCUGUCUUAAGAUUAUAGAGUCAUUACGUGCUGACAUGCGUUUACGUGCUACAUAUCUCCGGUACUUGAUUGUCAGCAAGCAGGAGUUGAUGUUCACCGAAAUGUACCUCAAUAGUCUGCAUGAACAAAUCAAACAUGAUCGAUUCCAAUGUGAAGUUUAUUUUGCGGCUGUUUGCGUUCGUGAGUUCCUCACUGAACAAGAACCACUGGUGAUGACUUUUUGCGAUGGAUUUCGCCAUCUCAGUUUAUCUGAUGAAAAAUGUGAUUUUUUGCACAAUUUUUAUCACAGGCUUUAUGAGAUUAUGAACUCGAACAAGCACUGGCAAGAUGUUUUACAUAAACGUGGUUCCUUAAUCAAAGUCACCCUUGAAAGGUAUAUAAUAAGCCGGGUCUAUUAUAAUGCCCUCUACCCUAAUGGGGAUGGAGAUAGAGACAGAGACAAGGUGCUUCAUGAUCAUAUCGCCACCCUCUCGAAAACGAUAAGGCCCGAACACAAAGAUCUGCUCAUUCCCGCCGUGUAUUUGCGCGAGAGUCCCUGGUUGCCGGCGCAAGAAGCGCUGCGCGCUUUGGACGCUGCGAGGGCGCCACGCGACAAAUUGCGCUGCGUUGCCCGGUGCGCAAAGUGUCUUGUCGAUCUGUUGGGAUUAUCAGGAUCCUGUGCAGCCGCUGACGAUUUUACACCGGUGCUUGUAUAUGUGAUAAUUAAGGUAAAUCCUGAAGCUCUCCUAUCCACAAUCCAAUUCGUGAACAGUUUACAUUCGGGGCAAAUCCGAGGAGAAGACGAAUAUUGGUGGACUCAAUUUUGCUCUGCUGUCGAGUACAUCAAAACCAUGGAUUAUUCCGAUUGAUUGAGGAAGCACAUUUUUUGCCGAAACUAUGAGGGGAAGGCGCUUUUUUUGAAGUUUUAGAAUUUUCUGCAGCUGCAAGGUUGCAAAUUGUUAAUUUUUUUUUUGUGUUGUUGGAUUUCGCGAGUGAUACCGAUCAAUGUUCCUAAAGUUAGAUUCGGUUAUAAGGAUGAAAAUAAGGCGAUAAUCCAAUUAGAAAUAAGAAUAAUUCCCAUUUAGGUUUUGUAGCUACUGGAAAGGUGCUUACUUUUUUUAAACUUUCACUCCAUUAUUUGCAAAGCGUCUUUUUCGGAGGGAAUUGUUUCAUAAAAAUUGUAUAAUACUCUUCAAAGUAGAAUGGAUAAUCGCUCGAUUUGUAAAUUUAAGUUACUAAAAGUGAUUUGCAAAUUCUAGAAUUUUAAAAUUGGCAUUUUUUUUUUUUUAAUUGUGAAAAAAACAAAAAUAUUUGUAUUUGAGAUGUGUAUGAAAAUUGUGAAAGUAUAUUAUAUAUAAUAAUUAUUUUAUUUAUGUAUUUUUAUUAACUUUGUUAGAAUAGAGAGCCUUUAUAUGAUUAUAUUUUAAAUAAAAAAUGUCUAUAAUAUAGUAAAGUGAUAUGAGCUA